CAACGCCCAUGCCAUAAUUUACCAAUCUCGCCCCCUUCCUUUCCAUUAAAGCUUCCCUCCUUACCUGCAAUAUCCAAAGUCCACAACAUCAAUUGAUCACCUUACCAUGCUUCUAUAUUACAUUUUCUCUAUCCUCUUUCUCCACUACAAGACACCAUGCUCUGCCGCUAGGCCAACACCUACAUUAACCACCACGCCGGCAGCAGAAGUUGUAACGGUCAAAGAUCCCAACUACACAUGGCAGAAUUUUGGGAGCUUCCUCGAUGCGGGCAAAGGCAGUCAUGUCAAUGGAAUGUCGGAGCUCAAAAGAUACUUCCAUCAUUUUGGCUAUCUCCCAUCACAAGAUUUGAAGAGCAUAACAGAUAUAUUCGAUGACCGGUUCGAAACAGCGAUUGUUCGAUAUCAAGCUAAACUCGGCCUUCAAACUACUGGUAAGCUCGAUCUCGAUACGCUAAAUCAAAUCAUGGCACCAAGGUGUGGCGUGCCUGAUGAUACAAUGUUUCACAAAUUGCACGCAUCUAGACAUUACUUUUAUUUUCCUGGAAAACCUCGGUGGACGCGUUCCAUACCAAUGACUUUGACGUACUCGUUUUCUAAAGAGAAUUUGAUCAACGUCUCUUUGAGUUUGUCAGAUAUCGAAGAAGUGUUUAAAGGUGCUUUUGCAAAAUGGGGUUCAGUUAUACCAGUGAGUUUUGUGGAGACAGAUGAUUAUGCUUUCGCCGAUAUUAAAAUAGGGUUUUAUAGUGGAGAUCAUGGCGAUGGAGAACCAUUCGAUGGGGUUUUAGGAGUUUUGGCUCAUUCAUUCUCACCUGAAAGCGGGAGAUUUCAUCUUGAUGCAAGGGAAACAUGGGCCAUUGAUUUUGAUUUGGAGAAGUCAAAGGUCGCUGUUCAUUUGGAAUCAGUGGCUGUCCAUGAGAUUGGUCAUCUGUUAGGAUUGGGCCACUCUUCUGAUGAAAAGGCUGUCAUGUACCCUAGUUUGAAACCUAGAAAAAAGAAGUUGGAUUUGAGCGUUGAUGAUAUACAAGGAGUGCAAGCUCUUUAUGGAUCCAACCCUAAUUUCACACUUGGGUCCUUGUUAGAGUCCGAUAUCUCAACAAAUGAGGCUGCUGAUUUAAUUAGAAUCAGAUUAUCUCAGUGGUGGGUCACUCUGAUUAUGGCACUGAUGCUAAGUUUUGCAUGAUUUUUAUUGUCAUGAUCAUCAUCAUUAUAUGUACUGGUAGGAGCAUUAUAGUCCUUUCACACACAACAUUAACACAAUAUAUACAUACAUUAGCUUUCAACUAUUCUUUGGGACCAUACACAGUGCCUUGAUUGCAGAUACAUUUGAUGUAAUACUAACGAACAAAUUGCUUUCUGCGUAUGCACAGCUUGUAUCUUUCAUGUUUUAUUUUUGUCAGAAAUUUUAAAUAUUAAUACAUGAGUUUAAGACUGGUAAUUGUACAAGAAA